AGGAGGAGGCAGAAGAAGAGCACAGCUGCUGGCUCAGGGAUGGAGCUGCUGGGAAUCGAAACUUAACUAGGAGCACUGAAGUCAGAAGCCAGUGCGGGUUUCCUCUUCCUAUGCUCGCUGUCCGUCAGCGUCAGUAGGACUCGAAGAGAGUUUUUCCUCUUCUUUUCCUUCUUCAGACUCCAAAUGACACGCUUUUAAACUUUGCCUCGGUUCAAUGAACUUCCUCAGUUCAUCAGAUAACGAGCCAUGGACCCCGGCAGACAGAAACGCAAGAAGGAGAUAAGCAAGUCUCUGAAAUUUAUACAGUCUUCUCUGGCUUAUCCAGAGCCUGAGGGCUACCAGGACUUCCUGACCCAGUUGGUAUGCAACCUCCUCGAAGAGGGCAACGCCUUGUUUAGGGAAGGAGAGCGGGAGCAGGCGGUGAGAGAAUUCACUGAAGGCUUGAAUGUCUCGCACUACGCUACAGCAGAGGAUCUUCCCAUCCCCGAGGUUUUGCUGGAGAGCCUGUACGUCAACCGGGCUGCUGCCUACCACAGCAUGGGGGAAUAUGAUCAAGGUGUGAAGGACUGUGACAGAGCUCUGAAAGUGUGUAAGGAAAGCCGCAGGGCCCUGUACAGGAAGGCGCUGUGUUUGAAGGAGCUCGGGAAAUACAGGGAGGCCUACAACUGCACCACAGACUGUCUGCUCAUCACUCGUCUGGUAAAGGACAAACAGGUGAAUGAGCUCGCAGAGGAGCUGGCUGUCCAACUGGGACUAAAAAAUCGAAAACCUUAUGUCAGCACAAAGGAGCACACACUUAUCACUGGAGAUGUUGCCAACGGAAACACGACUGCCGAAGCCAUCGAGGUGCCUGGUGCUCAUUUAGGAAAUGGUAUGAAUCCUCUGAGCGGUCUUGCACCAGUUCCUGACGUGGUGGACACUUUGGAGGACUCGGAGCUGAUGGGAGAUGACUUGGACAGCCUGCUUGACUGCUUACCUAAUGAGCAGGAGCCAAAUGAGGCCCACAGCCAGGUGGCGUUCGCAGUCCCCAGCAGAACACCCACCUCCACACACUCAGUCCCUUCUGUCCUGCCACCCCCAACACCCCAGCUGCCCCCUGCCUUCUUCAGCUCGGCCGUCAACCAACUCAACUCCCUGGACUCAUUUUCAGGUGGCGGGCUCAGCACCUCGACUUUAACACUGGAUACUUUAGAUGACCUCCCUGGAAUUGGAGGUGACGCAGGCGUUCCAUAUGUAGGACCGCCCUCUGUGGCGCUGGAUACUCUGGAUGGCCUUGAUUCCCUUGAUGACUUCUUGGAUACGACUCCGAGCACUGCUGCUGCCCUCAAUGAUUCCAAAGCUGAACUGGAGGCAGGGGAAAAGUCCCUUGAUGACCUGCUUGAUGAACUCAGUCCCCUUGAGACUGUCCCUGAUCCAGGGGGUCUGAGUUGUGAUGUCCCUAAACUCUGUGUGAAAGCUGUAGACCAGCUCGACUCCCUUGAUGCCCUGGACUCUUUCCCCUCAGUGGAUGGAGUUGUGGCAGCUUUGCCAACGGUCUCCAUUGGGGGAGCAGGCCUGGACUCGCUCUCCGAUUUCGGCUCAACUGGUGUCAAAGGCUCUCAAGGUGCUGCAGCUCCUGUAACUCGAUCGCCAAAAAAUAACUACAAAGAGAAGAACAUUCCAGCGCAGGUAGCAGUCUCCAAUCCCCUGUCCUCCACCCAUGAGUUCCUGCAGGCCUGCUCUGCCUGUUUCCCUAGGAAAGGUAAAGGGAUAUAUACUUUUGUUCACAAGCCGGACCUGGUCCACAACUGUGAUAGAGACAUUCUGUUAUGUAGACGAAAGGCAGAUCAUCCUUCGGAGUGGACCAGAGUGCGGACCAUUCCUGAAAUGACUUCCUUCAAAGGGCCAUUUGUACUUUGCAGGGAGCUGCUGAAGUCCGGGGAUUUGGGUCUGUGUAAGUUUGGAGAGAACUGCACAUUUGCCUUCAACCAGCUGGAGAUCGAUGUUUGGACGGAAGAGAGAAAACGGACGCUGGACAGAAACCUGCUGUUUGAAACGGCAUCUGUCAGACUGGACCCUGUAAACCGCAUCAUACGCCUUCUACAGGAACACAAGGGUACCUUCAUGUUCCUCUGUCAGGAAUGCUAUGACAGUAAACCUAGAAUCAUCAGUAGGCGCUUCAAAGACAACAACACCAUCUGCUCUAACUUGGAUGCUCGCCACAACUUCGAUGCCAAUAAGUGCCUGGCGUUUGUGGUGAGGAGCUGCAGUGUGAACUACAGUAAGGUUCGUCCACUGAGCGUCCUGUGCCACUUGGAUUUGUGCCGCAAAGCCAUCCGGUAUGGCUGCCAGAGAGAGGACAGUUGCCUCUAUGCCCACUCCGUCAUAGAGCUCAAAACGUGGAAGGUGCAGCGAGACACAGGUAUCAGCCCUGAUGAAAUUGUGAAAGUAUCCACAAAUUAUCACGACAAGCAUGAGCAAAACUCAAGCAAACAGAAAGGAAACAGAUUGUCUUCUGGAGGUGGCGGGAGCAAACCAGGAGGAGUGGUUAGGAAGAGUCUGGGCAUGAAGAUAAAGUUUGCCUGUGCGCAGUGCUGGCGGGACCGCCUGAUCAGCGAACCAGACAAAGCCCUCAAGUAUUGCAAUGCAAAGGCCCGGCACACGUGGACUAAAGACAGAUGGUUGCUGCUGGUCAAGUCAUCGGAGCGAAGUAAAUGGGUUCAGGUCCGGCCGCUCCCACAUGCCAAGAACUUCCCUCUGUAUUAUGAUAUAUGUACCCAGAUUUUGAAGAAAGGGCAAUGUAACUACUCUGGGAUAUGCACCUUUGCUCACAGCCAAGAGGAGAGAGACAUGUGGAUGUACAUGAAGAAUAAUGACUUGCGGGACAUGCAGCAGAUAUAUGAUUUGUGGCUGACUGAUUUCACGAAGGCCCAAAACCGACAACCAGAUGGUGCCAUGCUCAACCAACCCGUCCCGGAGGAGAAAUCCAUCAUCAUGCCAACUGACUAUGCCGAACAAAUGAGUGGCUUCCACUGCCGUCUGUGUGGUAGGCACAGUAACAGUGAGCGGCAGUGGCAGCAGCACAUCUCCAGUGAGAAGCACAAGGACCGAGUGUUCAGCUGCGAGGGAGAAGAUAAAGCUCUGACGUGGACCUACCGUUUCCCUGGCGCAUGCUUUGAACUCUGCCCUAAGUUAGAUGGUGGCUGUCCUGACGGUGUGAGCUGCGACUAUGCCCACAGUCCAGAGGAGUUGCACGAGUGGACGGAGAGACGUGAUUUCCUGCGACAGAAGCUGGCCAAAGCCAGGGAAGACAUGCUCAUCAUGCCUGAUGAGGUCGAUUUUGGGAUGUACAACUUCCUACUGCAGGACUGAGAAGAUGUUUGUCAGCCAUUUGUAACUGUCAAAGUAGAUUUCAAAACCAAAAUCAGGAAUUGACAGGACUAAACUAACAGUCCGCAGAAUUUUACCAGUAGAUCAAUUGAAAUUAGAAGCAGUUGUAUUUGAAUUCCCAAACAUGCCAUAUACUGUACAGGUCUUAUCAGCUAAAACAUCUGUAACAAAGUAGUUAAUGCUGCAAAAGUGAGGCCCAUGUUGGUGCCACAGAUACAAACACAGUUCAUCACUGAUUAUUCAUUACAUUUAACCACACAGCAUACACACACCCUGUUGUUGGCUCUGACCCAUGUGACACUCACACGCAGUGUUGUUUUUGUUUGGUUAGUGCAUUCAUUCCACAUUUAACAAAGAGAGAGGAUGUUUAAAAGCCUUACCUGCACAGUAAAACAUUCACCACAGUUGAUUUCUGAGUGUUUCAACCUUUUAAGUCAAAUAAAAAUGGUCACGUUCAGUUCUGACGUGCACUAAAGCCAAGCCAUAUGCGUUAUGUGAUAUGACUGUACUUUUAAUGUUGAGCAUAUAUAUAUGUCUCAUUCUGGUUCAUAAUGAUUUCCAUCAUGAGAGGAGUGUGUUGUCAUAUUGGCCAAAGUAUUUUAUUAGGAGAUACGUAGUUUUGCUCAUUGUUUAAUGAGCAUGCAACCAAGUGAGGCACUGUUUGUCCAGUUAGACCUGUGAACCAUGUGAAGGCUUGAAAGCAAAUACUUGCGAAAAGGAUAAUAAAUCUCUGUAUUGUUAAAGUGGUAA